UUAUCCAGGAAGCAAGAAAGGUGCAAUCGAAAGGGACAAGUGCUGCUGGAAUCUCCAAAGGUAAACCACACUCACCGAAGCAAUCUUGUUGCUUGGACGGAGGAGACGCCGCUCAACACGCGUUUCCCACACAACCAAGUAGACGCAAGGAACUACAGAUGCUGGAAUCUUGCGUGGAAGAUAAAACGCUCAACGGGACAAGCAGCAUCUCUGGAGGACAUGGAUGAGCGACGUUUCGGGUCGGGGCCCUUCGUCGGGCAUUCCUCUCUUUCUGCAUCUCAGUAGCAGUGUUCGUACGCGAUGUUUGGCCCAGAUGACGGGGUGUGAAACAGGAUGAUGGGGUCAACCUUUGAGGUUCAGUUAGAAUGGCAAGGGAAGAUUCCGUGAAAUGUCUACGCUGCUCGCUUUAUGCUUUGAAUUUUCUCUUUUGGCUGAUGUCACUCUGUGUUCUGGGUGUGUCUGCAUGGAUGAGAGAUUACCUGAAUAAUGUACUUGUGUUAACAACAGAAACCAGGCUGGAAGAAGCAUUCAUCCUGACGUAUUUUCCAGUGAUCCAUCCCUUAAUGGUCACUGUGUGCUGUUUUUUAAUAAUGGUUGGGAUCUUGGGCUGCUGUGGGGCGGUAAAGGGAAAUCCAUUGCUCCUUGCUUGGUAUUUUGCUAUCCUGCUGAUAAUUUUCUGUGUGGAACUUGCCUGUGGAGUAUGGAACUAUGAUCAGGACUAUUUGAUCUCCAUACAAAGGUCCGAUAUGCUUGGGUUGAAAUCAAGAAUGUCCCAUUUUGGUAUGGGUGCAUACCAGCGGUUAACCCAUGCCUGGAAUUUCUUUCAGAGAGAGUUCAAGUGUUGCGGAGUGCUAUACUUUACAGAUUGGUUAGAAAUGGCAGGAAUGGAGUGGCCUCCAGAAUCUUGCUGCAUUAGAGAAUUUCCAGGAUGCUCGAAGCAAGCCUAUUAUGGGGACCAUGUUGACAUCUAUCAAGAGCAGGGCUGCGGACAGAAGAUGUAUAAUUUUCUACGUGGCACAAAACAACUGCAAAUGCUGAGGUUUCUUGGGAUAUCCAUUGGAGUUGUGCAACUGCUGGCCAUGAUAAUCACUGUCACAUUCCUUUGGACGUUGUAUUAUGACAAAAAGGAGCCGCAGACUGGUCAAACGAUAAGCCAAAAGAAGACGACUUCCCAGCACCUAGCCUGUCAUUCAGCAGAAUUACUGAAACAUGUCCCGAGAGGCAACGAACUGAAGCAGACAGAUACGGUGGCAAACAGCUUUUACACACAGUUUGAAAUCGAGGAAUUGUAGCUGGAUUUGGUUCAAUCAGUAGAAUGCUGGAUAUAUUUAACAACUCUUCCUACCUUUUGCACAUAAGUAAAGCAAUAAGAGACUGAGAUAAAUGAUCUAGAAGUGAAUGGAAUGUAAUUUCUUUUGAUUGAGGCAUUUUUAUUCUGCUGCUAUACGAGACCUGUACUCAAAUGCCAGUGUCUUUUGGUGUCAUUCACUCAAUAAAGGCUUCUGACUUUAUAAAGUUCCCAAGUU